AUGGCUUCUCGGUUCGCGUUCCUCGGACUCGGCCAGAUAGGCCAGGCUAUGUCCCAGAACCUGCUGCGACAUGGAAAUAUUGCAAGGCCAUUGACUCUCUAUAACCGCACCAAAAGCACUGCAGAAGCACACGCCGCCCGUCUUGGAGACUGCCGAGUCAGCGGGUCCGUCACCGAUGCUGUUGCCGGUGCGGAUAUCAUAUGGCUGUGCGUUCAAGAUGAGGAGGCCGUCGAGAGCAUCUUUCAGCAGAUAUUCACCAUCACCAUUCAAGGAAAGCUUUUUGUUGAUAGCUCAACUGUGACUGGCGAGAAGGCCGACUCUAUCGCUGCGCGAGUGGCGGAUGCAGGCGCCGCGUUUGUGGCCAUCCCAGUAAUGGGUGGCCAUAACCAAGCAGCCAAUCGUACUUUGACUUGUAUUGUUGGCGGUCCUGCUGAGGCUGUCGACCGGAUCAAGCCGUAUCUAGAGAACGUUGUGUGCAAUAAUGUCGUGGAUCUGAGCGGCGAAACCGCCGGCACAGCCAUGAAAAUGAAGCUGAUGGGCAACUUCCUGAUCCUGGCCACGAUGGAAACCGUGGCAGAGGUGAAUGUGCUGGCCGAUAAAUGUGGUCUAGGCACAGAUAGAAUGAACCAGCUCAUGGGUGCCAUUUUCCCCAACCCACCACAUGCAGUGUACAAUCGCCGCAUGUUAACAGGAGCCUACCACACUGAAAUUCCUAUGGUGAAAGUUUCUGCUGCCAUCGAGUUGGCCAACCAUGUUCGAUCGUUGGCCAAGGAGUCUGGAGCAUCCCUGAAGCUCUACGAUGUUGCGUAUAAGCAUCUGGAAACGGUGGAAGCAACGGAGGGUCCGGCAGCGGACGUGACGGGGAUCUAUGGGGCUGUGAGAAUGGAGAGUGGGCUACCUUUUCGGAAUGAGACAACGCUGAACUAG